AUGUCUAGUUGUCAAUCAACUGGUGGUAUGACUUCAACUCCAACACUUGCUCCUGUAAGAUCAGAAGAUCCAGCAUGGGCCCAUGCACGUGCUGUGCCAGGGGCAAGAAAUAAUACUGAAUGUUUAUAUUGUAAUAAAAUAAUUAGAGGUGGCGGGAUCACUCGGUUGAAGCAUCAUCUAGCUGGAAUUCCAGGCGAUGUAGAAGCAUGUAAAAAUGUGUCUGAAGAUGUAAAAUGGCAAAUGAAGGAGUUGCUUAAUGAAAUGAAAAAAAGCAAAGAGAAGAGAAGGAGAAUAAGGUCAGAGAUUGGAGGCGAUAUAGAUUUAACAUCUGAUGAUAUUGACGAUCGUAAUAGUAUGGAGGGACAGUCUCAACUUUCAAAAGGUAAGGGGAAGUCGAAAGAAUCUGGAACUGGAGAGUCAGUGGGGGGAUUGAGUAGAUUUUUUGCUCCAAGAACAACUCCUGGGGCCCAACCUUCAAUUAAGAGUUCUAUGUGUUCAAAUGAGAUGAUUGUAAAAGCAAAGAUGGCUGUAGCACGCUGGUGGUAUGAUGCUAAUCUGCCUUUUAAUGCUGCUCAAUCUAAGUUUUAUCAACCAGCUAUUGAUGCCAUGACUGCCAUUGGGCCAGGAUUCAAAGGCCCAUCUUUAUAUGAGUUGAGAGGAAAUUUGUUAAAAAUGGCUGUGAAUGAGUCUGUUGAUACAUCUGGUCUUAGAAAAGAUGCUGAAACAUUGUUUAAUAUCUUUGAUGAGGUUGUUCAAGAAAUUGGAGCUGAGAAUCUUGUGCAAUUCAUAACGGACAAUGAUGCAAGUUAUAAAGCUGCAGGAAAAAAGUUACAACAGAAGUAUGGCUCUUUCUACUGGUCCCCAUGUGCAGCUCAUUGCAUAGAUUUAAUGUUGGAGAAUUUUUCUGAUCCAAGAUAUUUUCCCCUUAUUGAUGAUACCAUAAAAAAGGCAAAAAAGAUAACAAAAUUCAUCUAUAACCAUGGCUGGGUUUUGGCAUUGAUGAGAAAAUACUUUACCAAAGGUCAUGAUUUGUGUCGUCCUGCAGUUACAAGAUUUGCGACAAAUUUUUUAAGUAUCCAAUGUUUGCUCUUGUUUAAGAAAGAACUCAGACAAAUGUUUACUUGUGAUAAAUGGAUUGCAUCAAAUCAUUCUAAGAGCAGCAUAGGGAAAGAGAUAGCUGAGAUUAUUUUAGAAGAUAAAGAGUUUUGGGUUCAAUGUCAAUUCAUUGUUAAAGUUAGUGAACCUUUGGUUCGUGUUCUACGACUUGUUGACGGGGAUGAGAAGCCUGCAAUGGGAUACUUGUAUGAUGCAAUGGAAAGAGCCAAAGAGAACAUAAAAGCAAGAUGCAAUAACAAAGUCAUUUUAUUCAGUCCAUUCACCAGGAUCAUUGAUUCCAGAUGA